ACAACAACAACAACAACAACAAGGACGAAUGGCAGACAGAUAGACGACCCAGUGGCAACAAUUAGGCGCUCUUUUGCCUCGCUUAUUGAUAGCUUAGAUUCCCCAGAGAGAUUGGCGCCAUGUCUUUUGCUCUCGCGCCUCUGCGCCAGGCUCGAGCGAGGCUGGCCGCUUCAUCCCAGCUUCGACGGACUGCCGGCCAAAUUGUGUACCCGUCUAUUCUACAGCUGCGAGCGGGUUACAGCGAUUCCGCCGAAACCCAGACUGCCCCCGAGGCAUCUAGACCGAUCGUGAGGAGGAUCCCGUAUGCACCUGGGAAGGAAUCAACAACAAAUGGGAAGCCGCUCGUGCGGAUGGUCGGAGGAUCACCCAUGAGGUCCUUUAUAAUCCCUUCCGUCAAGUCUGCCGCAGUUGGCGAGAAUGGCACAGUGAUGAUUACGACCGCAAACCAACAACUGGUUUAUAUCCAUAGCAUUCGAUUACGGGAUGCCUGUACCUGUCCCAAGUGUGUCGACCAGUCGACAAAACAACGAGAGUUUCGCAUGACUGAUAUACCCGAUGACGUUGCCGUGGAGACUGUCAAAGUUCAAGAUGGCCAAUUGGUAGUGACAUGGCAAAAUGAUAUCCCUGGUUAUGACGAGUCCCAUGUGUCGACAUUUUCCCCAGAGCAAUUGUCUAUUAUGACCGCGGUUGAGAAGUUUUUCCGAGCCAAGGAGGGCCGCCGCACCUCUUGGAAUAAAUCCAUUAUGGAGGAGAACCAGCAUUGGGUUUCGUUCAAAGAUUAUAUGGAGGACGAUUCACAAUUUUUCCUUGCCAUGCGCAGUUUGAAGCACUUGGGCUUGCUUUUUGUCAAGGACAUCCCGGAUUCGGCUGAGAUGGUUGAGAAGAUUGCGACCCGCAUGGGCCCGUUGCGCAAUUCAUUCUACGGCCAAACAUGGGAUGUCCGCAGUGUUCCAGAUGCCAAAAAUGUUGCCUAUACCAAUAAACACCUUGACUUUCACAUGGACCUGUUGUAUAUGAAGGACCCACCUGGGUAUCAGUUGCUUCACUGCUUAAGGAACUCCUUCGAAGGCGGCGAGUCGCUCUUCGCAGACACCUUCCUGGCGGCGGUACGUUUGCUGCGAAACGAUCGCUCUCUGUUCGACGCCCUUGCCAGAACGUCCACUCGUUUCGAGUACAAGAAUAACAACCAGCAUUACCAAUAUUCCCAUCCUACAAUCGAAAUCGAGGCUGGAGAGGAAUUCCUCGGAAACCCGCCCAAGACGAGCACUACCCCUUACGUCAACUACGUUAAUUAUUCCCCGCCGUUCCAAGCACCUUCCUACCUAACAGAGCGCGUGAAAGACGUUUCGGAUGUGAAACUCUACCUUAAAGCCAUGAAAGCCUUUGCUGCCGAGCUUGCCAAGCCAGAGAACAUAUUCAAAAUUAAACUGGAACCGGGCCAAUGCGUGAUAUUCCAAAACCGUCGUGUGGUUCAUGCGAGGAACGCAUUUGACCUCUCCGGGGCCAGCGAUGGGGAAAACAGCGGCGAACGAUGGUUGCGCGGCGCAUACGUGGACGAGGAUGCUUUGAAGUCGACAUAUCGCCAGCUGAGUCAACGGGAUCAGUUCAGUUGGAUGAACCACCCCGCACGCAAGCUUGUAGCGAGUUUAUAUGAGCAGAAGACGCAGACUGCUACGAAGGAUGUUUAAAGAAGUCGAGGAUCAAAGUCAAGACACCCAGAGGCAAGGGCUCCGAGCUUUUGGGCCCUUGCGUUUGUGAAUCCCCCUGAACGAAUGAUAGAGGUCAAGAAAUAUGUAGUUUAGCUAUAUUGACUAAUCUUAUUGUUCAGCAUCUGGUCAGGGCGAUUCUAAGUUUUUUUUUUUUUUUUUUUUUUUUUUUUUUUUUUUUUUUUCAUUUCAGUGGGUGGAAUAGUAUUUGGAGAAGGAAUCAGUAUGCAGUGAAGCGAGGAGCUAGGGAUUGUGAUCUUAGAAAUGCAUAUACUGGCAAUUGUGCACUGUAUUUUAGAAUUCGAUAUUUCCACUUCCUCUUCUCGUGUUAUUUUACAUUUAAUUGGCAAUCCCCUCAAUUCCAUUGAUUUUGCAUUAUUAUCUGAUUUUGGGCUUUAUAACCUGCUGUCUGCUGUAUCCAUCCCGGGAAACCCUCUCUCGGAAAGUGCCCAGUCCGAUUUGAAGGGUGGAUACUAUGCCAAGUGGCCCACGUUGCUUUCAUGCUCAACUAUCCCAUGCGUGGAGAUAGCACUAGGGAAAAGCGGGAGAAGGUCGAACUGCUUUUAGAACAAGUAUACCACGGAAGAUGUAGAGAGUCGUAAGAAAUAGAUCUGAAUACGAAAAUUCAAGACGGAAGAGUUUACUGAAGAAAUUGCAUUCCGCAAUUUAAUCGGGGGAGUGGAAAGAACGAAAGAUAUCUAUGCUUAUCCUCGCGGUGCUACCGAGUAAUCUUUGAAAAACUCCGGGUUUGCGCUGACUUCCU